UCUCAGAGGGAUCCUCAAUAAUCCAGGGGACCCAAAGAGGAGAGGAGCUGCGUCCUGGCUCAGCGGCACUUUUUACGGAAUUAAACCUGCGCCCGUGUCCAAACAGUUCUCUGCGCGCGCCCGAGCUCCGCGAGGACCGUGGGAUGCGUCCGUAGCGCGAGCUCGAAUGACAUUAUUGUUCUUGCUCCACAGAAACACGCACGACUGGAAGCUUCUGGACGCUGGGUAACUUUUGCUCAAUAUUUUUUAAUUUUUGUUCAUUUUUUUCUCUCCCCGCGUUUCUGACUUUCACCUGACGCGCACCCGAGUCUGGAGCCCCGAAGCCGAGGGCGAGAUGGAAAUGGAAAAGUACUUGCCGGAGCUUUUGGCAGAGAAGGACACACUGGAUCCGUCUUUUCAGCACUCCCUGCGGCUGCUGGAUCAGGAGAUUGAAAAAGUCCAGAGAGACGAGGACAAGGACGAGGAGAAGUUCAUUGAUGUUGUCAUCAACAAGAACAUGAAACUGGGCCAGAAAGUUUUAAUUCCAGUCAAGCAAUUUCCUAAAUUUAACUUUGUCGGCAAACUCCUCGGGCCACGCGGGAACUCGUUAAAAAGACUACAAGAGGACACUCUCACAAAGAUGUCAAUUCUAGGAAAAGGAUCCAUGAGAGACAAGGAGAAGGAAGAGGAGCUACGACAGAGUGGUGAGGCCAAGUAUCACCACCUGAAUGAAGACUUGCACGUUCUCAUUGAGGUGUUCGCCCCACCAGCUGAAGCUUACGCCAGGAUGGGUCACGCUCUGGAGGAGAUCAAGAAGUUUCUCAUACCAGAUUACAACGAUGAGAUCAGACAGGCCCAGCUGCAGGAGCUUACGUACCUGAAUGGUGGCUCUGAGGAUGCCAAGGUGCCAUCGGUCAGGGGCAAGUCAUCCACCCGUGGCAGAGGGACACCUGUUCCAGGGCCUCCCAGGAGUCGUGGAGGAGUUCCUCCCCUGCAUGGAGCAGUCCCGCGAGGAGCAGCACCCAGAGGAGCUCUGCCUAGCCGGGCUCCUUCCUCCAGAGGCAGGGGGGUUCAGAGAGCCAGAGGCGCCCCACCAGCUGCUGGCUACAGACCUGCUCCUCCAGUGGUGCUGGAAACGUACGGUGAAUAUGACUAUGACGAUGGCUACGGAACAGCAUACGAUGACCAAGGGUACGAAUCAUAUGACAACAGCUACAAUAAUCAAGGACAAGGCUCAGAGGACUACUAUGAGUAUGGACAUAGUGGGGAAACAUAUGGCCAGGAAGAGUGGGCAAACAAUCGUGGCAAGGCUCAGUCAGCACGAACAAACAAGGGGGUGUACAGAGAGCAGCCAUACUCCAGAUAUUGAACUGUUUAUACAAGUCCCACCUGAAUCCUUAUGGCUGUUUCAACCCAAGUAAUGGAUUUUUUAUGGACACUCCCACCUUUUUAAAAUUGAAAACUAAACCGCAAACCAGUUCAAGUACAACACCAAACCACCCAAAACUGUUUUUCAAAAAUGGACCUCCGUUGAGUAUAAAAACAUAGUCUUACUGGAUAAAAUACGUAAGUAUUUUAGGUAAGCUACCCUCCUCCAAUGAGAAUUAAUCGGAUAAACCCAAGAAAGACUUUGUAGUACAUUAAGUUCCUCUCUCAGCUAUGUAAUUGUGAACAAUGACAUUGUAUCGCACAAUUUUAUUUAGAGAGCCACUUUAGGCUGGUGGAUGCAAUGUUUCUACACAGCUGCCGGUGCAACUUAAUUCAUGACCCUGUAGACCUCUGACAUGUAGUAGCUUAGUCCUAGCAAAGUGCAGUAAUGUAGAUUUUUCUUUUCCCCUGAACAGUUAAUUGGUGAAAUUUGUGUCCCUUGUAAAUGAAAUAUUUGCAAGCUCAAUAAGAAAAAAGUCAUACUCUAGUCUCUACGCAUUGUAUUGCUGUUUCCUCCUUUUUUGUAAAGUAAUAGUCAAUAAAUGUUAAAGGGCUUAUAAAAGCAUGGUGUAUAACAGUGGAUAAUGCUGGUUGUUUUAUUCUAAAAAGCCUGUAUAGUUGUGUCCCUAAACGAUGUCCCCAAACAUCUUUAAAUAGUUGCACAUACCUUAUGUAUACUGAACAACCAGAGCUGAAGAACAGUUUGGGAGCUUUUUGAUGUCUGUACAUUUUUAGAUAGGUACAAUGAGGAUUGAUGACAUUUUCAUUUAAAUAGAAACCUUGCUACAUUUUUUUACUAUUGGACAUUUUUCAGAUUUGUUGAGGUGGGAUUCUGUGAAGUUUUUGAACAAGUACGGUUGUUUAAAGACGGUUGUUUAUUUCAAAACAAUGUCAAGUCUCAGUGAGGUUAUGUGUAAAAAAAGGUGAAACAAAAACAUAAAGAAUUCUAAACUCAAAGAGCCCUCACCAGCUUUUGCAAACACUAGGUGUGUUUCCACUAUCGGAAUUUCAAUGUAAUUUUACCAGAACUUUACAGCUUUAGCAUGUCCCCAAAAGGACAAUUUCCCAGGCCUUUGGUCAAAUAAGGCUGAUUGUAACUCUGUAGGAAAUGACAUUGGCAGAUGUCGCCCAAAACAACCUUCAUUAAUAAAAUUGGAAGUGAAGUGGAACGGAAGGAAAACAAUAUAAAAUCUUUGUUACUAAAUUCCCGACACAGAAAAUUGCGAUGGAAAUACCUAACAACAUAAUUCACGAUGGUUUGUUGUCUCACCGAGCACUGUAAAAAACGCUUCUUCUAAUCAUUGAAUGCUACGUUUUACAACACACAGCCACUCUCCCGGUCUCCCUACUCUAUAGCGUAUUCUACAGUAGCUAAAAAUAGAUUGUGACAUCACAAUGCGUUGUGAGAUAUAGCCCUAGACAAGCGAGCGUGUAUUUUGUAUGGGUGCCUAUGGGUCUGAGUCACUCCACUCGUCUACAACGGUUUAAAUGGUGUAAACAAAGUUCAGCUGAACGUCUUGGCCAAACGGCAUCUAAUCAUUGACGAAAACAGUGUUUCACCAGAGGUGGGUGGUAUGUAAAAAGUAGUGACACCAAUAAUAACCUAAGAGUAAAAAAAGAAGUUAGAGAUAACGUUACUUCAGCACUGUGAGUAAUGAGUAAUUGUUUGAGCAUAAAAGUUAGAACAUGGUGUCUGUUGGGGUGUUUUUAUCAAAGUCCAAGUGCUCUGCCUGUGUAUUUUCAGUUGGUAAGUGCGAUUAGUUUGUCUAGCAUUAGCACCCAGCAGUAGUUGCAGAGCAAUGUCAACUGUAGAAUAUACUAUAUUUACGGCAUAUUUAGACAGAAUAAAACUUUUAAUUUUACUGAUGUCCAUGGAUGCUUUUAGGCACUGAUCAGUGAUGUCACUCACUGGUUGAAGCAGUGGCGAUAUGCAUCUUAGCAAAGUCUUGAAAGGGUUAAGUUUGUAUGGAGACACGACGUAAAAGGACAGAGCCUUCAUAUACUGGUCAAAUUUGCCCCUCCCAGAAAUUUCCUAAAGUGGAAACACGGCUAUAGCUUCAUAAACCUUUACAAAGCUUUUAUGAAACAGAAAUAGUCACACUAGUUUAGAAGUGCCACAAUUAGCAAGCUUUGUCUCUAUUUUCCACUACAACUAACCUAGUUUAUCAUAUGAAUACCUCUUAUUUCAAAAUUUACAGCUAAGUCAAGGUUUAUGCAUGAACCACUGUAAAAUUCUGAACUGAAGUUUUUGAAAGAAAGCAUUUUUGCAACUAGCUGUUAGCUCCUCAAUCUGGUUGCAUAUGGAGCUAGGAUCGGGACAAUAUCACAUGUAACCUGUACCAUAUGACAAAAACUCGAAUUCCAUGCGACAAACUGAAAGUCACUCGCUCCAAAACGUGAAUUACGUGCUACAAAACUAAAGUUACAGUUACAAAACUUUGUACUAAUUACAUGCAAUAUUGUCCCAAUCCUAGCUCCAUAGUGGAAAUGUAAUGCACACACAUUCACAGAAGCGCGCUUCAACAGGUCUGAGACAGUUUAGUCCUUUAGGAUGAACAAUUCCAUUUAAGGUCUUGAAUUGUUUGUUCAGAUUUGUUCAACUUGCAGCUUAUGUAAGCCCUUUAAUAUCUUCUUCUUUGUUGAUGCUGAAUAAAAAUUUUGAAUAAAUACAAUUCAAAAGCUUGUUUAAAA